CAUCAGCUGUGAGAUGUGCCGGAAUAACGUUAUUUGCGGGAGAUGUUUACAAUUCAAAGGUUGCGCAUUUAUCUUAGUCUCCAAAAAGGUCAACUGAUUAAAUUUGGAGGGCGGUUUUGCCAUGGCUCCAGCGCGACAAUUAAAAUUACAGCUCCACUGGCAGCGGGCUAUAAACCCAAAGAUGUUGAAUCUGAAAUCCUUAUGCCUACACCUACCGGCGCCCCAGCUGCUCAUAGGGAAGACCAGAUGACCUUUAGGAUGAUCCUACCACCGCCAAAUGUUACCGGCUAUUUGCACUUGGGCCACGCACUUAUGAGCACCAUACAGGACGUAAUUUGCAGGCGUAAGCGGCAAGAAGGAUAUCAAGUGACUUGGGUACCGGGGACGGAUCAUGCUGGAAUCGCAACGCAGGUGGUAGUGGAGAAGAAGCUAUUUAAAGAGAAGCAACAGACUAGACACCAAAUAGGUAGAACAGCGUUUUUGGAAGAAGUAGCGAAAUGGAAAAAUGAGAAGGAGAACAACAUAACACACGAGCUAAAACGACUUGGGUGUUCUUUGGACUGGGAGAAGGAAUACUUCACUAUGGACGAGCAAAGAGCUAAUGCCGUCACUGAAGCUUUCAUCCACUUUUUUGAUGAAGGAAUUAUACGCCGUCAAAAUAGCCUUGUCAAUUGGUCUUGUGUUUUGGAGUCAGCCAUAUCCGAUAUCGAAGUUGACAAUCAUGAAAUAAUUGCUCCCACUGGUAUACGCGUUCCUGGUUAUAAUAAGCCUAUUAUUUUUGGUGAAAUUCAUGACAUCUCCUAUAAAAUCAAAGGAACAGAUCGAACGAUCGUCGUAUCAACCACACGCCCAGAAACCAUUUUGGGUGAUGUUGCCAUCGCUGUGCAUCCGGAAGAUACUCGAUAUACCGAGUUUCGUGAAACUCCUACUUGGGUAGUACAUCCAUUUCGCAAUGAACUUCUACCCAUUGUUUUCGAUGAAAGUGUUGAUCGAGAAUUUGGAACCGGUGCUGUCAAAAUUACACCUGCUCAUGACAAGCAUGAUUUCGAACUCGCCAAGAGACAUUCAUUACCUUCAGUGCAAGUAUUCACAGAAAAAGGAACCGUUGUUGAAAGAUUCCAGCAAUUCUCAAAUGAACCUAGAUUUAUUGCUAGAGCAAACAUUAUUAAAGCCCUCAAGACUGUAGGUUUAUAUAACGGCGCUAGACCUCACAAAAUGCAAUUGCCUAUUUGUUCUAGAUCAAACGAUGUUAUAGAAUAUAUGCUUAGGCCGCAAUGGUUCAUAGAUUGCAAAAUCAUGGCCCAACAAGCAAUUACUGCUGUGGAGACAGGUCAAAUUAGACUUCACCCAGAAAAUUUCACAAGUGACUGGUUCCGUUGGUUAAAAGAUUGUAAAGAAUGGUGCAUUUCUCGACAAAUUUGGUGGGGUCAUCGGAUCCCCGCUUAUUUAUGUAAAGUUGAUGAAAAUUCAACCUGGGUUGCAGCACGUUCCAAAGAUGAAGCAGCAUCGAAAGCAGCUGGCAUUCUGAAAUUAGAUAAAAAGCGAAUCGAAGUUAGUCAAGACAAGGAUGUAUUGGAUACAUGGUUCUCGGCAUCAUUGCUUCCCCUGUCAGCGUACGGCUGGCCCAAUAAGAAGUGUACCUCGCUUAAUCUCAUGGAAACAGGUCAUGAUAUACUGUUCUUUUGGGUUGCGCGUAUGGUUAUGAUGGGAAUGAAACUAACCGGAAAAGUGCCGUUCACUGACGUCUUGUUGAACGGUAUUGUUUGUGAUGUUCAUGGUCGAAAAAUGUCGAAGAGCUUAGGAAACGUGAUAUUGCCUGAUCAAGUAAUUUAUGGAUCUACGCUAGAGCAACUAAGUUCGGAAAUCCAGAAAGCAUAUAGUAUUGGAACACUUUCGAAAGGCGAAAUGGAGAAGUCCCUGAGAGGUGUACAACAAACAUUUCCUAACGGAAUUCCUGAAUGUGGUACUGAUGCCUUGCGAUUCACGUUGUGUAGCUAUAACAUUAAAAGCCAUUACAUUAAUUUCGAUGUUUCUGAAUGCCAUACGAAUAAGCUGUUUUUCAAUAAAAUAUGGCAAGCGACGCGAUAUACAAUCAGCGCGUUUGAGAAGCUUGACAUCAGCAUGAACGGUGUGAACAUCCAAGAAGUCCAGUUAACUGACUUUGACCGAUGGAUUUUAAGCCGAUUAAGCGACACGCAAAGAAUAUGUGAUGAGGGCUUCGAGAAGUACAAUUUCCACUUUGCCGUGAAUGCUUUGAAAACAUUCUUUUAUAAAAAUUUUUGCGAUGUCUACUUGGAAACUACAAAAUUAAAUAUUGGAAAAGGCAACGAGUCUGCUAUAUCACACUGUGUUGUGCUGUCAACCUGCUUGAGUUUGGGAUUACAGCUGAUGUCACCAUUCACUCCUUUUCUUUCGCAAAAACUUCUUAAAUACUUACCAAAUAUUGGCAACUUUUCAUGUGAUCAAUAUUCAGACAAAGCUCUUGAAUUAGAGAUCGAAGAUGUUCUAGAUAUCUGUGCAGCAAUCCGACAAUUCAAAAGUCAAAACAAGAUAGCUAGGAAGCAUGAACCCAUAAUUCAUUUAUUUCCCAAGAGUCCAGAGGCUUUUAAAUUGGUAGAAAGAUUCAAGGAUCACAUUCAAACUUUAUGUCUAGCUAAUGGUAUUGUCAUAAACAGUACAACUAGUGAGAAAAGGGAAAAGGAUUUCAAUUUGGUGUCAACGGCGAGCCACUUAUGUUCGUUCGCAAUAUUCACCAACCAAAUUUUACAAAAGAAUGACAAGGUGGAUGCGGUUAAUACAAAGAAACUAGCAAAACUGCAAUCAAAUCUACAAAAGCUUUUGAAAACAAUUUCAAGUGAUGGUUACCAGAAAUCGGCCAGCAAAGAAAUACAGCGUAAACAUUUAGAAAAGAUCAAAGAAAUAGAAAGUGAAAUAAAUAGCAUAAGCGAUUUAAAGUGAGUAAAGUUGAAAAUUUAGAUUUAGGAGAAAAGAGAUGGAUAUGGAAUUGACUAAAAAGUGGACAAAUUUAUCGUUUUCGAAAUCCUGAAGUUCUGUGAA